CACAAACCACUUCCUUUCUGCAGACACGCAAAAGUAACAUUCAGACCAAACAGUCUCACGGUAGAUCAACAUGGAGCAGGAGCCACAGCUGAGGAGAUCUGUAACAAACACAGGUGCCACUGAUCUGCCAGGUAAGAAAGCAGUUAGAAACCAAACAAAAAUUAAAUCAUAAUCCUAUUUUCUAAAUCGUUUCCUCUGUUUUCUGUUAAAUUUGUGUGCAUGUCUCAUACCUACAGGGAGGAAACUGCUCAGAUUUGGGAUUUUAACUUUGGGAGUUUUGUGUAUCGUACAGGCAACGCUUAAUGUCUCCCUGCGCCUUGCUUGUAAGUCAUAACUAAGAUACGCCUUGGAUCACUGGAAAUCCAACAUUCCAUAAGUCAAAUGUCACAACCCUCAACAUCUCCUUUUUUUUUCUUUUUAACAGUUUAUUUAAAAGAAGAUACAGAUCAGCUCUCUAUCAACAUCCUGUCGAUAUCAGAAGUGUGUCAAAUCGACCAGAAUUCAACACAGACAUGUUCCUGCUUCAUUGACGUGCUGAAAAAACUGGUGAGGGAAUACAAGGCCUUGGAAAAAGAGAGAGAUCUCCUCCGUGACCAGGUGAAACAACUGACUACAAGCAAAAACCCCCAGGACGAUGGGUCUGGUUACCUAGAGAAUUUAGAAAGUAGUGGAUACUACUGAAAGAUUUGUGCUCACCAUAAUACUAAGUAUUCUUGAAAAGUGUGGAGCUCCAGAACACAACAGCAAUUUGUUAAGUUGAGUUUACUUUAUUAAAAAGCUGAUCAGGUAAAAACAACCAGUCAGCUAGCCACCUUGUUUACAUCUGUCAAUCUCGGCUUUCACCAUCCUGUAACUGAAGCGUUACGGGUUUUUCAUUGUGGAAUCACAGAUUCUCAGAGCUCCAUGCUUUGAUGUUAUAUUUUGGGGGUCACCAUACAGUGAUGACAAAUUCAAGCUGUUAAACAUGUAAAUCUGUAAAGAUGAGUUAUAUAUGAGUUAAAGAGGAAGCGUUUUUGCCUGUGUUUCUUUUUUCAGUGUAACAACUUCUUGUUUACUUCUGCUUUUUUUGUCUGGCCUUUGCUUUGAAGGACCGAGAAAAUCUUCAUUAUUCUUGUGUAAAAAAAUGGCUUUACAACCAGCAGUAACAAACCACCAUCAGAAAAACAAUGAACAAUACAAACAUACUAAGCUGAUUCAAAAGGCAGUGGUGACAGGAAAAAAAUCAAAAAUGUUCAUCACUUUGAGCCCUUUUAAAGGCAGUAACAACUGAGACAGGAUCUUGUUUGUCCUGCAUGUUAGUAGGAUGUUUCUGUUACUAAACAAGAGCUCCUUAAACAGCAGGUCCUUCAGUUCAUUGAGGAGAGACUUGGUCUUUUUUAAGAGUCCUGAGAUUGAAUAAUCUGGACACUACAUUCAGAGCUUUUUCUAAGGAGUUGCUGUAAUUACAGCAGAAGAAAGUGGAAUAUUUUGCUUUGAUUGGGUUGACAGAAAUCUUGCGCAUGUGUAAAUGAAGGGUUGUGGUUGAUAGCUUGGCCAUAUAAACUUUUAAAACUUGUUGCACUGUCUUUAUGUGGUCUAACAAUCAAUGAAUGAAGCUCAUAACAGGGAUUUUAUUGCAAUAUUGUGUGAAACUCAUUGAAAUAUAAUCUCUGUGUUUUUUUUACAGUAAUGAAAUUUUAUGAUAAAAAUUCCUUUUAAUCAGCCUGAGGCUGUUUCUGUUUACCUAAGCGGCUUUUUGGAUUUUGUUGCUUUCAGAUGUAAAGUUCUUUCCUCAUUAUGUUUUGACCUCAUUUCCCUGUAACUGUAAGGAGAAGUGAAACUGACAUAAAAAUCCCUUUUUUUCUAAAUAAAAACUUAACUCAGCUGUGAA